AAAUGAGGUGAAGAAGAAAAAGAGGAAUUCCUCCCUGCCACACUCACUCACACAUGGAGGAUGAGAAUAUUUGCUGCUCUAGAAGAACAGCUGGCGGGAGACAAUUGCAGAAGUGACAGAUCUGAGGAACUGCCCCAGUCUGUGGUGUCAGUAGAGGAGGUUUUAUCACAAAUUGAUAUAUUAAACAGCAAUAAGUCACCAGGACCAGACAGUAUUCACCCAAGUGUUCCGGAGGAACUUAAAUAUGAAGCUGCAGAACUCUUAACUGAUGCUGAUAGUGACUGGCAAGAAUUAGAUCAAAACAUUGCACAUGUCUCCUUUUCUGCUGAGCGUUACUCCAAGGAUGAAAUGAUUAAAAGGUCAAAGGAAUUUUAUGAGCUUCUCAAUAAGAGACGGUCUGUCAGAUUUAUAAGCGAUGAGCCAAUCCCCAGGGAGGUCAUAAAUAAUGUCAUCAAAGCAGCAGGAACUUCUCCAAGUGGAGCACACACUGAGCCUUGGACCUUUGUAGUAGUGGAGGAUCCAGAAUUAAAACAUAAGAUUCGGGAGAUCAUUGAAGAAGAGGAAGAAAUAAACUACAAGAAAAGAAUGGGAGACCGAUGGGUUAAUGACUUGAAGAGACUGAGAACAAACUGGAUAAAAGAAUACCUGGAUACAGCUCCAUAUCUGAUCCUCAUUUUUAAGCAGGUGUAUGGGAUGCUUCCAAAUGGCCAAAAGAAGACCCAUUACUACAAUGAGAUCAGUGUUUCUAUUGCCUGCGGUAUUCUCCUUGCUGCGCUGCAGGCCCCUUGCUCUCUGUUGCCUGCUGUUCCUCCACAACUUAACGCCAGUGCAGGACAAGCUUGGCCCAGUGAACCUUCAUGGACUAUUCCAAAAGGAAGCAUUUCCAUGUGAACUGAUGGUGCAACAAGCAGGUCCAAUACUAGAAUAGAAGGACUCAAGACUGGAGAGCAGGCGUGCCAAGAGGCGGGAGGAAAUGCGGAGGCUUUCUGCACAGCUAGCAGGCUGUGUUUCACAGCGCUACGACAGGGACACUGGCUAAGGAAGGAGGAUAGAGCUUAGCAGAGAGAAAUGUUUGAGCAGCUCAUCUCAAUCAGGGCUUCAAGAGUACUGGCUCCUGCUGCCUCUCCCACACCACAGCCUGACUCCCUUGCAGCAUGUCCUCAGUCCAGAAACAGUCAAGAAUUCUCAUUGUCUGAGUGGCCCAUGAAUGGCUGGGCAGGGUAACUAAAUCCCAUUCAGCCUUCUAUGUUGUUCUCCUCUCCCUCCCCCCUCCCCCCCAUCCUGUGAAUACCGACGCCCCCUUCCCCUGGGCCCUAGUGCAUGAAAAAUAAGGCAAGAGGCAAAGGAGAACAGGGAGCCAGGGGACACGCAGCAGCAGCAGGGGUUUCUGUCAUGUUUGCACUUGUUCAUGCACUCUGUUUUUUGGAAAUGUUCUUGGGUAACUGGGUGUUGUAAGGGCAGUUGUUUUCAUGGCAGUGGGUGACUGUUGUACUGUUUCAACACAUUUAUAAAUAAAGCCUUUUAUUCAUUAA